CCUGGUUGUUUUCGGCCGCCAGAGAUCCCGAGUGCGACCUUCGUCCUCCACGCCCUCCUAGGUAUAAAUACUCGGCUGAUCGCUGGCUACCUCAGAACAGUCCUUGCAACCAGCAUUGGAGGUCUCCAAUCAACGAUGAAAUUCCUCGUACUUGUUUGCGCCAUCGGCCUUGCCACUGCAACCCCUGUCCACGUCGGACACGUUGCCAGCCAAUACCACGCUCAAGAUGAACUCGGCCAAUACAGUUACGGUUACGCCGGCGGUCCAUCUGCCAAACACGAAACUAGAACCGCCGAUGGAGUCACUCGUGGAGGAUACUCAUACGUUGAUGCCCACGGACUCGUACAAAGUGCCCAAUACGUUUCUGACCCCCACAACGGAUUCAGGGUAGCCGCCACCAACCUCCCUGUCGGACCCGCCGUCCCCGCUAAGCCCGCCGUCGUCGCCACCGCUCCCGCUGUCGUCGCCGCCCCCGCUGUCGUCUCCGCCCCCGCAGUCGUCGCCGCUGCUCCCGCUGUCGUCGCUGCCCCUGCCGCCGUCGCCGCCCCCGCUGUCGUCACUUCUGACCUCCCUGAAGUCGUCGCCGCAAGGAGCGUCCUCCACGGUGGACUCCUCUCUCACAGUCUCUACGGAGCUCACUCCUGGUCCGGUCUCGUCCACGCCCUCAAGAAGAGGAGCCUCGCUGUCGUUCCUACCUACACCCACUAUCCUGGUUCCACCGCUCCCCUCGUCCACGCCGCUCCCGCUGUCGUAGCUCACACUCCAGUCGUCGCUCACUCCGCUGUCUACCCGACAGUCUACAGCCACUGGGGAGGUCUCGCCCACGUCCUCAAGAAGAGGUCGCUCGCCGUCGUCGCCACCCCUCUUACCAGCUAUCCUGGAUCCACUGCUCCUCUUGCCGUAGCUCACGCUUACGCCGCUCCCGUCGUCGCUCACGGAUACGCCGCCCCCGUCGUCGCUCACGGUUACGCCGCCCCCGUCGUCGCUCACGGUUACGCCGGUCCCUUCGAACACCCCCACGUCGCCGCCGCCAAGGCCGCUCACCUCGUCCAACAGCACAACGAAGCCGUCAGGAACGUCCACGGAGUAGGUUCCGUUCCCGAAUUCUCUCCCGCUGACGCCCCCGACGUCGCACUCGUCAAGCACGCUCACCUCACCCAGCAGGUUCACGAAGCCGUCAGGAACACUCACGGUCUCGUCAAGAGGCACGCCGUCCUCGCCGCCGCCCCCUUGGCUUACGCCGCUCCCGUCGUUACCGCUCAUUCUACCGUCCUCACCCACACCCCCCUCGUCAGAGGAUUUGGUUACCACACCACUGCCUUUACCCCCGCCCUUUCCUACCACUGGUAAAUCUUGUUAGGUUUUUUAAAUAUAUCGUAUAAAUAAUGUA